AUGGCAAAGAAAGAUGGAAAAAUCAGGAUAUGCGUGGAUUAUCGGGAUCUCAACAAAGCAAGUCCGAAAGAUAAUUUCCCUUUGCCAAACAUCCACAUACUCAUCGAUAAUUGUGCUAAGCAUGAGUUGCAAUCUUUUGUGGAUUGCUUUGCGGGGUACCACCAGAUUCUAAUGGAUGAAGAAGAUGCAGAAAAAACAGCAUUCAUCACACCUUGGGGAGUCUACCAUUAUCGAGUGAUGCCGUUCGGCCUCAAGAAUGCUGGAGCCACCUACAUGAGAGCUAUGACCACCAUUUUCCAUGAUAUGAUCCACAAAGAAAUUGAGGUGUAUGUGGACGAUGUCAUCAUAAAAUCCCGUGAGAGUUCGGAUCACCUGACACACUUGGAAAAGUUCUUUAACAGGUUACGUAGGUAUGAUUUGAAGUUGAACCCAGCCAAAUGUGCAUUUGGAGUACCUGCAGGGAAGUUACUCGGAUUCAUAGUUAGCAGAAGAGGUAUCGAGCUUGAUCCUUCCAAAAUCAAGGCAAUUCAAGACUUGCCUCCUCCAAAGACUAAGAAGGAAACCGAAGAAUGUCAGAAGGCCUUUGACACCAUCAAAAGUUACCUUUCAAAUCCACCAGUGUUGGUGCCACCACGUGCAGGCAGUCCUUUGCUAUUGUAUUUAUCCGUCUCAGACAAUGCAUUCGGGUGUGUGUUGGGACAACAUGAUGAGACCGGAAGAAAGGAGAGAGCUAUAUAUUAUUUAAGCAAGAAGUUCACAUCUUAUGAGGCUCGUUACACCCUUUUAGAGAGAACUUGUUGUGCUUUGACUUGGGUUGCUCAGAAAUUAAGACAUUAUCUGUCGGCUUAUACAACACAUCUCAUUUCGAGGAUGGAUCCGCUCAAGUAUAUAUUUCAGAAAGCAAUGCCCACAGGAAAGCUAGCAAAGUGGCAAAUGUUGUUGAGUGAGUUCGAUAUUGUGUACAUGACUCAGAAAGCAAUCAAGGGGCAAGCUUUGGCCGAUCACCUUGCUGAAAACCCAGUAGAUGAAGGAUAUGAACCGCUUAGAACAUAUUUCCCUGACGAAGAAGUAUUGUUUGUGGGGGAAGACAUAUCAGAAUCAUAUCCUGGGUGGAGAAUGUUCUUUGAUGGAGCUGUAAACUCUAUAGGAUCAGGAAUUGGAGCAGUGUUGAUAUCUGAAUCGGGGCAACAUUAUCCAGCAACAGCAAAGCUCAGAUUCCGAUGCACUAAUAAUAUGGCUGAGUAUGAAGCAUGUAUUCUUGGCAUUAGAAUGGCUCUUGACAUGAAUGUUCAAGAAUUACUUAUAAUUGGUGAUUCAGGCUUGUUGAUUCAUCAAGUUCAAGGAGAAUGGGCAGUGAAGAAUCCUAAAAUCUUACCAUACGUACAAUUGGUACAGAGAUUAUGCAAAAGAUUUAGGAAGACCGAGUUCAGACACACACCGAGAAUACAGAACGAGCUUGCUGAUGCCCUUGCAACCAUAUCGUCCAUGAUACAACAUCCAGAAAAGAGUUAUAUCGAUCCAAUUGAGAUAGUUUUAAAAGAACAACCGGCACACUGUUCACAUGUGGAAGCAGAAUGGGAUGGGAAUCCAUGGUAUAUCGAUGUAAAAAAGUACUUAGAGGCUGGUGAAUAUCCGAAAAAGGCAACAAGUAUUCAGAAGAAAACAAUCCGAAGAAUGGCAAACAACUUCUUCUUGAAUGGAGAAGUUCUUUAUAAGAGGACACCUGAUCUGGGAUUACUGAGAUGUGUGGAUGCUGUAGAAGCCACAAAAUUGCUUGAAGAAAUGAAUGGAGCUGUGGAAGCUGCUAAUAAGAAUAUCAAGAGGAUACUGAGAAAGAUGAUUGACAACUACAAAUGUUGGCAUGAAAAUUUGCCUUAUGCUUUGCUAGGCUACCGCACCACAAUCCGAACCUCAACUGGAGCAACUCCUUACCUAUUGGUAUAUGGAACAGAAGCAAUGAUACCAGCUGAAGUUGAGAUACCAUCUUUAAGGAUUAUUCAGGAAGCUGGAUUGAGCGAUGCCGAAUGGAUUCGUGAUCGAUAUGAGCAAUUGGCAUUGAUUGAUGAGAAAAGAAUGAGUGCCGUUUGUCAUG